AUGUUCUCCAAAGUGACCAUCGUUGCCCUAUUCGCUGUCGUGGUGGCCGUUAGUGCCAAGCCGGGCGGUCUGCUCCCAGCUGCUCCGUUGGCCUACAGUGCCGCCCCAUUCGCUGCUGCUGCCUACUCGGCUCCGUUGGCCGUUGCACCCGCGGCCGUUCCUGCAGUGGCCUACACGGCCGGAUAUGCUAACGUUGGAGAUUCCGCGGUCGUCACCUCGCACAACUCGCAAGUCAUCAACCCAGCGUACGCGGCCUACACGGCACCGAUCGCUGCCCCGUUCGCUUAUGCCGCUGCUGCCCCAGCUGCUUUGGCUUCGCCGUUCGCUUACACUGCACCAUACGCUGCCAAAUACGUUCUGUAA